GAAGCUCAUAUAUCAGCUCUAUCUCAGGUGCUGACCGUGAAGUGAAUAGCAGCGAUCAUGAAAACCUCAUUCGACAGAAACCAGAAGUCCCUUAAGACGUCCAGGAAAACCGGCUGGACGCGCAAACAGAGCACCAAGGCAUAUUCAGCUUACAUUUACAAGAUUGAGAAGGAGCUGAGUGACGUGGGUGAAGCCGUCUCUGUGAUGCGGCACCUGUCCGACGCGCAUGCGCAGAUGGGUGCCGAAGCCGCACGGCUCUCCAAGUUCAACCGGCAGCGCGUCAUCACGCAGCGAGAGCUCCACACCGCUGCAAAAAAGCUCCUGACAGCUGAGAUUGAAAUGCUGCGCUUUUAGACGUGUAAAUAAUGAAUAAAGAUGUUUCCGUUUUU